GUAUUUGCCAUUCAUUUCACCCUCUGCAUCUCUGCAUCUUAUGAAUUCAGAGCUCUUCACUCUGACCUAUGGAGCUCUGGUUACACAACUGUGUAAAGAUUAUGAAAAUGAUGAAGAUGUUAACAAGCAAUUGGAUAAAAUGGGAUACAACAUUGGUGUUCGACUAAUUGAAGAUUUUUUGGCUCGUUCUAAUGUUGGGAGAUGUCAUGACUUCCGUGAAACUGCAGAUGUUAUUGCAAAGGUUGCAUUUAAAAUGUACCUGGGCAUAACUCCAAGUGUGACCAACUGGAGCCCAGCAGGAGAUGAAUUUUCACUGAUUCUGGAAAAUAAUCCACUUGUCGACUUUGUGGAAUUGCCUGACAACCACUCUAAUCUGAUCUACUCUAAUCUCCUCUGUGGAGUUCUGAGAGGAGCACUGGAAAUGGUUCAAAUGGCAAUUGAUGUGAAGUUUGUCCAAGACACACUGAAAGGUGACAAUGUAACAGAAAUCCGAAUGAAAUUCAUUAAAAGGAUUGAAGAAAACCUCCCAGCUGGAGAAGAGUAAUUGUUCAGUAAUGUCGUAUUUUGCAGGAAAUAACUAGUAGGAUAUUGGUUAUGUAAAUAUUAUAGUCUACAGAUUGUUGCAUUGUAAAAUCAUUCCUCUUUAUUUAAAUGACAAAAACAUGACUUUUAGCAAGAGUGAAAAACAAUUUAUUAGGCCCUCAAUGUUGCAGUGAAUGACAUUGUGCCUGCUUCUGCAACUUCCACUCUGGUGAAGGAACUUGUGUUUCUUAUGAUUUUGCAAUUAUUUUUCUGAGUGUUAUGAAUGUUUCGGGUGCUCAAAAGAACAAAUUCCCUACUGCUUAAAAAGACAAAAGAAAUCCAUUGGACGUUUGUUUAAAAGGCAUCUUGGUAAUUUUGUUCCCAUUUCUUCCUUUCUGACUUUACUCUUAUUCUCUCUGACUAUAAAUAUACAGCUUUGUUUCUGGGUACUCAAAUCAGAGAUUUGGGAGAUUAAUUUUGGCAUUAAGGUGAGUGUAUUUUGGGAAACUGGAAGGCCAACUUAUAAUGCUUUGUGAGACGAGAUAAGAAUGAUUUACUUUGAACACUAUGGUAUUCUAUAAUCUGAUUUACUAGGCAUUUUACUCCAGUUGACAUAGUGUAUGAAUUCAACUCAGGGUGAAAAGUUUUCACUGUAACCCCUAUUAGAAUACACAGUCCAGAGCCGAGAGCAAUCAGUGUUUUUGUUUCUGCUUCUAGUUAGGUGGUAUUACGAGAAUCUGUUGCCGUCUUGUUUGCAUUCUGGCUGUGUAUCUCUGUAUCUGGUAGCAGCCAUGUAAAGGAGUAACCAUAAUACGUCCACAACUAGAGUUCCAAUCUCUGGGCAACAAUGAAGAGAUCUACAUUUGGAGCAUCACAUUUUAUAGUCCCCACUGGAGAUAUCAUGACAACUUCAAAGAAUGGUGAACAAGAGCCAAGGCUUUGCAUAUUUGAAUCUUGUUGUUACCAAACACCUGUUUCCUAGGACUGGAGCUGCACAGGAAUAUUCUAACUUUACAACAAAUCAAUGAAGUAAUUGGUGCAGUUCAGUUGGAUUCAUGAUGUCUGUGUCAGUGUACCUGCUGCAGCUGGUAAAGUUUUACUGUAAAUUUAAAUUCUGGUCGUUGAUAAUUUUGCCUUUGACAAUGUUGGCUGCUGAAGGGAUUUCCCCCAUUGUAAUGGUGCAUUUCCAAAAGGCAAUAACUACACUGACCUGAAUUUCAAUCCUUGUAUUUGGACCACUGAGUAGUAUUGACCACCAACAAUUUUGUUCAGUUCUUUCCUACUCCACAGAACCAUGUUGCUCAUGAUUCAUUCAGUUCUAAACUUGUUGUAUACUAAUAUUUUGUAUUUUAUGCAAACCUUCUGCAAAUUUGCUUUUCCUCCUUCUGGGAAUAAUCCAUGCCUAUUGUAAUAAAUGAACAGAAACAAAAUUAUAAAGCCCAAUUGAAACUUUCAGAAAAAUAUGUAAAUGUUGUUAUAAUUCUAGGAAAUAAAGUGGGUUGAUCUUUUAAAAUUUGUACAUUUUAUCCUUUUCGAUUGAACUCGUUGACUGCUUUUGAGAUGAUAACAUUUUUUAAUCUUAAAAACAAAACCAACCAACUUAUUAUUAUUAAUUUAAUUAUUAACUUGAGGCAUUCAUCAACACCUGUCACAGUGAAGGAAAUGUGGUUGAUUACGUUUAGCACCAGUCAUUACCAUUACUGAAGCUGGUAUCUGUGACGUUGAGUCAUUUGUACAAGCUUUCUGAGAGUUGAAAUGAUCAUUGUGAAAUUUACUUUGAUCCAUUGGUGGUGCAGUUAUGUACCUCAUUAACAUCUAACUCGACUGUCCUGAUAAGAGAAUGUACAUUUCAGUUUGUUUAUUAAUUACAGAUUCCAGGUCAGUAGAAGGGCCAAAUGCUCCACUACUGUGCAGAGCAUUUCUAUUUCAUUCACAUUUAUUAUUAUUAUUAUUGUGGGAAAAAGGUGCCUGAAUUAGCCUGAAAUUGAAUAACUCGGAGUGGUUCUAAAGCUAAGUAACAAAGAUUCAGACCAUCUUGAAAAGGAUGUGUCAAUAAAUUGCAUUGUACAUGAGGUGUAAGAUUUAUGUUAUACUAAAUAUAUUGUGGUGUGGUCCCGUUUUAAAAUAACAAACUUUGUUAGGAAUCUGCCUUUUGUAUUAGGAACUACCUUUGUUUUGGAUGGUAUCUGAACAUCGAAUUAAACAAAUACAGUAUGCAAGCAAGAAUUUAAAUGA